UUACGAUUGCCGUUCACCUUGCCUCAGCUGCGAUUUCGAUCAGUAGUAGAAAACUUUUACUACGCCUCUUUAACUAUUAAUGCUCGUUUGGGGUCUUCACUUGGUGUUCAAGUUUCUUGGCCUGAUCAUUCACAUCCUUUGAACUCUUUUCUUAACUCAGUAAUGGAUCAACGUCGUGUAGUUAUUCAUUUAUUGCUGUUCUUAUUCUUCAUGGUUGGAGUCCAGUCAUCGGGCAAGAUGACAAUCCUCUUACUCAACUACAAGAACCCAGAUCAUAAAGUCUUUAACGGCGACUGCUGUGACAACUUGAACUUUUGUAGCUGGAAUGAGUGUGAUAACCUGUUCAAGUUCUGCGCAACCGCACAAGGGUCGACUGAGUCGUGCUCGCUCAGUGGUGGUCAGUUGACUACCGGGAUAUUGGGAGAUGAUGAUUUCUCAUUUCCUGGUCAAGGAGGGCACCUUGGUGGUGGGCUGAAUAACCCUGUUACUUUUUCAUUCCAGGAAUGGAAGGGUGUGUCAGUAGUCGUAGAGGUAUGGGACGACGAUGGUGGAUUUAUAGUAGGAAAACUAGCAGACUUUGUUGACAAAUACACACUAAUCGAGACAACUGCGCCAGACUCUAACAAAUCUUCGUCGACACCUCGAGACAAAAAGCUGUGCGGUAAAAGAUCGUGUACCAACGUGAAAGUUCGUGUCUAUUGUGACGACAACUACUUGAUCCCAGAAUGCACCGAGUACUGCGUACCACGUGACAGCGACAAGGAAGGACACUAUUGGUGUGACUAUAGACUAGGAAGAAAGGUAUGUCACGAAGGAUGGUACGAUGCGCUGACUAACUGCACCAAGAAGAAAAAAGAGUGUACGCCGAGAAAUGAUACGGUUGGAGGACAUUAUGACUGCGAUCCGGAGAGCGGAGACAAGAUUUGUUUGUCAGGAUGGAUGGGAAGUAACUGUACUCAAGUUUAUGUAUCCAACUCUGUCAUACCUUCUUCGUCAAGUAAAGAACUAACCAAGGACACCAAAUCAACGUCUCUGCAUCAAAGUACAAUACAGGGGCUUUCAUCUACUUCAGCAACCAGCACUGAAAUACAACCAACACCAAGCCUCAGAUUUCAUUCAACAUCUUUUGAGGAUCUUAAAACCUCAAGGAUAAGUGUGGAUUUUUCAGGGGCCUAUUCCAGCUCACAAACCAGACUAACUACAACUCAAAAUGUAGAGUAUAAGAGUACUGCAUCUGCAACCACGAUUUCGCCAUCCACUGCACAAUAUUCUAUGACUUCAAAGCUACAAUAUACUUCUGUAGCUGUUACCAUGGAAAUGAGUAAAGAAAUGAGCCAUUACAUAAUACAAAGUUCUGCUUCUUUGUUUGUAAAGGAAAGUUCAAGCUUUAGAGUUAGAACUAGUAGCUUACACUCUACGUUAGCAGAAGUAGCAACGGUAUCCGAGGUUGGAUCUUCUUACGAGACGCUGUCUUCGACGCGUCUACAGUAUAAAACAAGAGAAAUGUCGAUAGAUCUUUCAGCGACUGCAGUUCGAUCUUCUGUCGCGGUAGCAUCUACAUUAGGGGCUACACUGAUUGUACCGACAACAGAGUGGAACGAUGAGCUUGUUUUGAAUGUUAUUCCCGGUAAAAACUGGACAGAAGAGAAGAAGGACAAGUUAAAGUCUGCUAUCACAGAACAGGCUAACAAGUACUGCAAGCUUCACCCGACGUCGUGCAAUAUUGACCCAGAUGUGUCCAUUAACAGGACAGAGUUCUUUAACUCUUCAGACGUAAUCAUAAUCGUAAAGAAUGGAUCCAAUGACGCUGUAUCUGUAUCUGUACAAGUUAAACUACCCAGCAAAUUACCAGGAAUAUCAAUGGGAGGUACUUUGCCCUCAGUCGUGCUCAAGAAGGUCAUCACAGCAAACAAGAAUACCAUAGAAAAACAAAUCGGUCUGAAAGUCUCCUUAGAAAGUUCGUCAUCAUCCACUACCACAGUAACACAACCAACUAUACAACCUACUACUGAUGCUGUAGUGGUUAUUGUCAGUACUCCUUUAUCUAGAUUUACUCCGUGGAACUUGUGGAUCUACAUUGUUGGUGGUUGUGUUGCUUGUCUGUUGUUACUGGGUGCGACACUGGGGUUUAAGUAUAAAAUGAACAGGCAAAACAAGAUUCAUGCUUUUGACGAUUCACCAGAAAGAAAAGAAACAAUGACGAGACAAGAAGAAGAAGAAAUGGUGUGUUUAUCGAACACACAAGCCUUGAUCAGUAACAAAAACACAUUAAAGGUCAAGUUCCAAGRAACAGUUCUUCGAGCGAGAACGUCGAGUGUCAACUCAGAUAAAAGCGUUCUUUACAGUCCUUUUACUCCUGACUACUCCGGUUCAUGAAUGGCGCAGGUCGAUAACACUGUAAAACUGCUGUAAUUAUUUCAAAACUUCAUGUUGUGGGUCCAAAGACUGUAA